UUUUUAGUGCAGCCGGCAGUCCUGCAGCGGGCCUACUACCGCUGAAGCUAGCCAAACAGCUCAUGUUUCUCUGAAGACUUGGAGCAAAGCCCGCUGAAGCACAGAGAAUACACCUUCAGAUUCUUUGGAGCUUUUUGUCUUUGUUCUUUCUGGACAAUCAUCCCUACUGUCCUUGAAGAUGACCAACAGUUCUACCUUCUGCCCAGUUUACAGAGACCUAGAGCCAUUCACAUAUUUCUUUUAUUUAGUUUUCCUCAUCGGAAUUAUUGGAAGUUGUUUUGCAACCUGGGCUUUCAUACAGAGAAACACAAAUCACAGGUGUGUGAGCAUAUACUUAAUUAAUUUGCUUACAGCUGAUUUCCUGCUUACUCUGGCAUUACCAGUGAAAAUCACUGUUGACUUGGGUGUCGCACCCUGGAAGCUGAGGAUAUUCCACUGCCAAGUGACAGCCUGCCUCAUCUACAUCAAUAUGUACUUAUCUAUAAUCUUCUUAGCAUUCGUUAGCAUUGAUCGCUGUCUUCAGUUGACAUACACCUCCAAGAUUUAUCGAAUACAAGAACCUGGGUUUGCUAAAAUGAUAUCGGCUGUUGUGUGGCUAAUGGUCCUUCUUAUAAUGGUGCCAAACAUGAUCAUUCCCAUCAAAGACAUCAAGGAAAAGCCCAACGUGGGCUGCAUGGAAUUCAAAAAUGAGUUUGGAAGAAACUGGCAUUUGCUGACAAAUUUCAUAAGUAUAGCAAUAUUCUUCAAUUUCUCAGCCAUCAUCUUAAUAUCUAACUGCCUUGUAAUUCGACAACUCUACAGAAACAAAGAUAAUGAAAAUUAUCCAAACGUGAAGAGAGCUCUCGUCAGUAUACUUUUGGUGACUACAGGCUACCUCAUAUGUUUUGUUCCUUAUCACAUUGUCCGAAUCCCAUAUACCCUCAGCCAGACAGAGGUCAUAUCUGACUGUUCCACCAGGAUUUCACUUUUCAAGGCAAAAGAGGCCACACUGCUCCUGGCUGUGUCCAAUCUGUGUUUCGAUCCAAUCCUGUACUAUCAUCUCUCAAAAGCUUUCCGAUUAAAGAUCACUGAGACAUUUGCUUCCCAUAAGGAGUCCAAGGCGCAAAAAGAAAAAUCAAGGUCUGAAAACAAUGCAUAAAUACAGGAUUUUUUUCAUGCUAUAACUUCUUGCCUCACCAGACAAUUAAGUGUACAAACUCCUGGGAAGGAGGGAGAAAAGAGCCUCCGUAAGUAAAAAUACAGACAGAGGGAAAAUGCGGCUUGGUUUACUGAGAAACUGUUUCUGAAUACAAGCCCAACUGUACUCUUGUGGUCGUUGAUGCUCCUUAAUACAAAUGUUUGUACAAAAAAAACAAAAAACUAAAAAGUCUUGUUGAACCAA